AUGGCCGGACUCAACAGGCCGCGGAGCAUGUCCUUCCUGCUUAGCUCUCUUUCCAGUAUUCCAAAUACUCUCGAGGAUUAUAAUUUCCCACCAAAACUUGCGUGCUCCUGUGUGAAGAUGUCUGUGAUAGUAGGAAAAGAGGGAAAGGGAGACGAAUAUAUAAAGAAGUAUCUUGCUCAAAUCUUCUCAUCAACUAAAUCAGCUUUCCUUCCAUCCCCACCCUAG